AUGGGGAAGACAAGCAGCAGCAGCAGCAUCAUCAGAACAUCAAUCUUCAGUUUCCUGCAGAAUUAUCAGUAUUUUACCUCUUUUUCAGCAUUCCUUGCAUUUCCCUUCUCAGUUUCUCUUCUUCUCUCACAAACUUUUGUUUUUACUUCCUUCACUUCUCUUCUUCCAAGCAUAUACCAUCGCUUCAACAUCCUUUUUGAUGCUGCAGGAUUCCCUCCUUCCUUGGAAUCCUUAUCCAUUUUCACUCACAAGCUUUCCCAAACGAUAUUUUCUUCCAUCUUCACUCUUCCUUUCACUCUUACCUUUCUGCUUAUUGCAAAAGCCUCUGUUCUACAAGCUUUCAAGGACACCAAACCAAGCUCUCACCCCUCCUUUUCCUCUAUCAGAUCCCUUUACACUCCUCUUCUUUUCACCCAUAUUUGCAACUCAAUCCUCAUACUCUCAGCAAAUGCAACAGUCUUUUCUAUACUUUUCUUCUCUUUCAAUUCCCUUGAAGGGUUUGGCUUUUCUUCUUCCACCAGCUUCCUUUGGUUCUCAGCAGCUGGAGCUGUCCUGUAUUCAUUAGUUCUGGCAAAUACAAUGGUUAUCAGCAACCUAGCAUUAGUUUUGUCAGGCAUGGAAAGGCUUGGAGGUUACUUUGCAAUACUCAAGGCUUGUGUUCUGAUAAGAGGGAAAACUUCCACAGCAUUACUUUUGGCUCUGCCUACAAAUUUAGCCAUGGCUGCAAUUGAAGCCUUGUUCCAGUACCGUGUAGUGAGAGCUUAUAUUGUUGUUGGAAGGGUAAGCCUUUCUAUGGUGUCGGAAGGGAUCAUCAUUGCAUAUUUGUACUCCAUUUUCAUUGUCCUCGACACCGUGGUGAGUUGUCUGUUCUUCAAGAGUUGCAAGCCAGUUUACUGGGUGGAUCUGGAAGGAAGACAAGCUCUUCAAAUAGACUCUGUAGAAGAAGACGAUGGUGGCUGCAUCGAUUCAAAGGCUCUACAUCACCUGCAUUCAACUACUUGUGGAUAA